AUGGGAGCCUCCUCUCCGAGGAGCCCGGAGCCCGCGCGGCCGUCGGCGCCCCCCGCCCCCUCGUGCUGCGGAGGAGCCCUGCUGGCGGUGCUGGUGCUGCUCGCGCUGCCGGCGGCCUGGGGUCAAUGCAGUGCCCCAAGGUUUCCAUUUGCCAAGCCUACCAACCUAACUGACAAGUCUGAGUUUCCCGUUGGUACAUUUUUGAAGUAUGAAUGCCGCCCUGGCUUUUACGGAAAACCAUUUUCUAUCAUCUGCCAAAACAACUCUGUUUGGAUAGGCACUGAGAACAGGUGCAGACGUAAAACAUGUAAAACUCCUUCCGAUCCUAUGAAUGGUAUGGUGCAGAUCACAAAUCUCCAGUUCGGAUCCCAAAUUCAAUAUUCUUGUAAUGAAGGAUAUCGACUCAUUGGCUCCUCCUCUGCCAUAUGCAUCAUCUCAGAAAAUACUGUCACUUGGGAUAAUGAAGGACCUCUUUGUGAGAUUAUUUCUUGUGGGCUACCCCCAACCAUCGCCAACGGAGAUUUCUUUAGCAUCAACAGAGAGUAUUUUCCAUAUAGUACAGUGGUGACCUAUCGCUGCAAUCCUGGAAACAGAGGGAGAAAGUUUGAGCUUGUGGGUGAGCCCUCGAUAUAUUGCACCAGCAAUGAUGAUCAAGUUGGCAUCUGGAGUGGCCCUCUCCCUCAGUGUAUUAUACCUAAUAAAUGCAUGCCUCCAGAGGUCGAAAAUGGAAUCAUGGUAUCUGACAACAGAAGCUUAUUUUCCUUAAAUGAAAUUGUGGAGUUGAAGUGUCAGCCCGACUUCGUCAUGAAAGGACCCACCAGGGUGCGAUGCCAGGCCCUGAACAAAUGGGAGCCAGAGUUACCAAGCUGCUCCAGGGUGUGUCAGCCACCUCCAGAAAUCCUGCGUGGCAAACAUACCUCAAGCGACAAGGAUAAAUUUUCACCUGGACAGGAAGUAUUCUACAGCUGUGAGCCCGGCUAUGACCUCACAGGAGCUGCUUCUCUGCGCUGUACACCCCAGGGAGACUGGAGUCCUACAGUCCCCAGAUGUACAGUGAAAUCCUGCAGUGACUUCCUGGACCAACUCCCUAAUGGCCGUGUGCUAAUUCCACUUAAUCUCCAGCUUGGAACAAAGGUGUCUUUCGUCUGUGAUGAAGGGUUCCAACUAAAAGGCAGCUCUGCUAGUUAUUGUGUCCUGGAUGGAAUGAAAAGCCUUUGGAAUAGCAGUGUUCCUGUGUGUGAACAAAUAUUUUGUCCAAGUCCUCCAACUAUCCUUAAUGGGAGACACAUGGGAACUCCUCUGGAAGAUUUUCCCUAUGGAAAAGAAAUAUCUUACACAUGCGACUCCCACCCAGACAGAGGGAUGACCUUCGAACUCAUUGGGGAGAGCACCAUCCGCUGCACAAGUGACCAUCAAGGGAAAGGGAUUUGGAGUGGCCUUGCCCCUCGCUGUGAACUUUCUGUUCUUGCUGGCCCACAAGUUGCUCUCCUAAUUGGUAAGUUUUAUGAAGGGUUUGCUGAGGAAUUCUAGCAUCUUUAACAGUAA